AAAUUCCUGUUCAGACUUCGGUGUUUUGACACGCCACGAUUGCCGUCUUUUAAGUCUCAGUGAGAGGCGACAAUUACUGAUAACUUGCUGUACUGAGAAAUGGUGUGAAACAGAUUGUACAGAGCUUUCCUCUGUUGGACGUGAGUACCAGUUGUGAUGAUUCUAUAGCCGAUGGCGGCGCGCACUGUAAUCGAGGGGAGCGGACAGCUGUUUUGAAGCUUGAAACAUUUCUGACUACUGUGACCCGUGAAAGCGAAGAAGAAGAAAUGUCAAGGCAUCUGAAGUCAACACGAGCCGACCAGUUUAAUGCCAAGGUGCAUGGACUGAAGGAGAUAUUCAACAGACUGGACAGAAGAACUUAUCCAUUACCAACAGGGAAUGAUGUUGCCAACUACCUCAAAUGGUUUCAACAGACUUUGCAAAGUUUGGUGAAAGAGACUCGCCCUGUGCUAACAGAAGACAGACGUUCAUUUGAUCGGCAUCAAUAUCCUAGCAUGGACUACACAGGACUGUACAAAGCUCUGGGAAAAAUUGUCAAUGUUGUACCAGUUGUUGAGAUUGGAGUUGAAGCAUUUGCAGAUAGUGUUCUGUCCAUCAUGGCAUCGCUGGUUCCAUUCUUGAAGAAGGAGGAUCUCAAUGCCAUGCCAAUGGGUUUAGCAAUGACCCUUUCCAUCUGGCCUUCACAAACCCACAACCACAUCAUUAAACUCCUGGCUGGUUACGUUCUUCCUGUUUUGUUAGGUGUAUUAGAGUCUGAUGAGGCUGGUCUCUCCUAUGCAUCUCUUACCUGCCCCGCCCUUAUCAUGUCAGUCUUACAGUACUGUCCUGACUGUAAACAGCAUGCACAGUUUGUUGAGACAUUGAUGCGAUACAAAAGUGAUGUCUGUCUGGACAUACUGGCUGUGCUGGCUUAUGGACCGCAGCCAAUCAUCAACUCCGCUGGGCAGAUCUUACUUCACUAUUAUCCACUCAAAGAUGUUGGGGGUGCUGAUGACUGGCAGUUUGUGUAUGAACCGUGGCAUCCUCCAAACUGUCAAAACCUCGAGUGUGCAGUGCCUAGAAAAAAUACACCAACAACUAUCUGCCUGGAAGCCUCUUAUGCUGCAACACAGUGUGCAUCGUCACCUCCAGUGUUUAUCUGCCAGAAAUGUGCAGAGCUGGCUGCAUCUGACAUUCCUGAUGAAAAACUUUUGGUAAACAUUGUUCAGCCAAUGGGGAAGAUGCGUACAACUUGUGAAACAAAGGAAUGUAAAGGACAGGGCAAACCAUGCAGCGUCAUGUGCUUUUCUUAUGGUUGUGUCAAGGAGAACAGACUUAGACCCUUGACAAUGUGUCAGGAAUGUCACGUACGAUAUCACAGUGUUGGAGAGGGAUAUGACCAUGUUACACAGAACUUGUUUCCAGAUCCCUGGACUCUGCAAGGCCCAGACCAAGCCUACCCUACUGAGGCAGUCAUUCGUCUGUUAGGAGAAGCACAGCCCUGUCAGAAAACUAGGAAUGAAGCCAUGGGUCUGGUCCAAGGGAAACUAGAAGACGAGGAAUUGGGAGAUGACGUAGACAAUGACAUAAACAAUCGCCGUAUGCUGAGUAGAUUUGGAGUAUGGCUUCUAGUUGGUGUCUGCAAUGAGCCAGCGAGAUGUGAAUCAGCAGAGAGGUUAGGUCGGUUGGUUUCCAUGGUGUUAUCAUGGAUAGAGACAGCCUCAACCCUGAGAAGAGACUAUGUAGGCGAGUUGCUGAAGAGACUUACCAGUCAAUACGUGUGUCGCUGGCUGACACAGGUCCGAGAUAACAAACUAGAUGUGCUGUGCGCAUGUCUGUCUCCUAACCCUCCCAACUAUGUGAAGGUUGGAGGAUGCUGGGAUGCCAUGUCAAGUAUAGAACGCCAACACAUGGAGGGGCUCCAUCGCUUGUGCUGUGUGGUGCCGCAUGGUAUUAUCACCUCUGAGGUGUGGGAGAUUAUCAUGCCCCAAUGGAUGGAAGCGAUCAAGGCAGAUGUCCCGCCAGAAGAUUUGGGAAGGUUUAAAGUUUUGUUGACGAAAAUCUUUGAUCCUUUGCUGACGCCACUCAAACUGCCCCCAGAAACCACUCUGGGCUUCAUAAGAAAAGCACUCGAGUCUGCUGUGCCUCGUCAUCAGGUCGAGGCACUCACUUGGUUGCAGAUUCUCUCGCAACUUGACAUCAUCAUCAGACUUGAAAUGCUCCUCGAUAUUUUUAUCAAAGUUGUUCAAAACUCGUCAGAGUUCUCCGAGGGUGUGGCCACCAUGUUUCCUUUCCCAUUAUUCACCGUGCAGUCACCGCUGACCCAGACUGAGGGCUCGCACAUGGCAACACCGGUCAGUGGUGUGCCGUCAGAACUGGGAGAACUCAGUUCAAACCUGUCUUGCUUUAUAAUGGAACUUGAUUUACUGGUAAAACAGGUGAAUAUUCAGUUUACUCGCGAAAAACACAUGCCAAACAGCGCCGAAAGAGAGGACAUUAAAAAGCUUCUACAGUGCAUGCUGGAUAUCUCCUGGGCUGGUGACCAUGGCGACCACUCCACUGUGUGUGACAUGUGUAAUAUGACAAGCAUAUGGUUUAAGCUGGCGCACAUGUUACUAGAGACUGUCUUUCCAGAGGGGGGUCCAUUACCGGAAGAGGAGGUCCUCAGUAAUGUGGCGUUUGGAAGCUUGUUCAGAAACAACUCAAGCAGUAAAGGAGUUUCUAGUAGGAGUUUGUCUUCCAGCAAAAGCCAAGUUGAAACAAUCGACGAAGAGGUGUUCAAAGAAACUGACAUCACCGAUAGUUGCCAUGGUGAUAAUGAUCCCGAACCCGAGAACGUACCAAGUGAGGCCGAUACCCCUUCCGAACUCAACGAAAAUGUAAUCUCCUUUGCGGCCAUGCGCAGUAUGUCAGCGAGCAUUGGGUCGUGGAGGAGUGGGACGAGUAGCAGUAGCUGGAGUGCGGUUUGUGAUAACUUCCCGCAGCUUCGUCUGCUGCUUGGCUUUCUUAAGGAGCUCCCCCGCCAAGAGGACCAUAAUGUCCAGUUAUGUAUCUUAUGGUGCUUAAAGGUGUUGGUCCUGCGCGGUGAUUAUCUGCGGAUCGCCAUGGAUGCUGAGGGUGAUUUCCUGGCCUAUUUACAAGAGAUUUUCUUUAUUCCCAACAUUUGGCAGCUUCUCCAGGCUGAGCACUCAGAGAUGUCACACCUGUGUGUCCAGAUUCUCCUCCACUGCAUCUGUCUUCCCUAUGGAGCUGAGAAACUCUGCGACGAAGUCGAGAGCGCUUUUUCAGAUGACGAUUGGCGGGAAAGGUUCUCGGCUGUGGAGAAAGUCACCAUUAUUGCGCGAUUUCUAGAGAAAGAACACAUUAAAUCGAACAAUAUAACCAUGUCCGCAUUGGCGCACUGUUUUACUUAUUUAGUCGGAGCAGUUGAAGACGUUUGCACGCCAGUGCACCUAAGGGCCGUCUCCAUGUUAGGUACCAUCAGAGCGUCCUCAUUAAAGGUCCUUUACAAGUGCAUUGAGCACCAAUAUGACGCCGUGCCCCGGGACCGUCUUCUGUUGAUCCACACUUGUCGGAUAUUGCACCGAAUACUUCCUCUCCAUACCCCUCUGUGUGGAAAGUUCUUUAUCAGUCGCUUCAAGCAUUUGCUGAUAGAAAACGCCGAUUUUGUGUCACUGGGAAGUCCCAAGGGACGCAGUACUUCCGGUUCAGGAGCCACGCCUUCUGCUCCCACCAGUGAGGUUUCUGUGGAUAACGGAAGUGACCCGGCGAGGAAAAUAGCUCCCGCUCCUCGUUCUCAGCCCAUCACAAGGUCUCUUAUGGCUCGGAGUGGCCUGGGUACCCAGCUUCGCAGGACCUCUUCUUCGUUUCGUUGCAGUUAUACAUUUCGUUUUCCGGGCGAGAGAGUCACAUACAACAGACAGGUGUCUUCAAGCUCAGAAGCUAAGAGGUCGUCUAGUGGCAGUCGGCAGCGUCGUACAGGAGGUUUCGUCAGCCAGACUGGCUCUAUCGACAUCUCAGACCGUAUGUUUCUGGGGGGCCGCAUCCAGUCUAACCUUCCCACUGUCCAGGAGGAGGACAAUGAAAGCUCUCGUCAUUCGGUGUCCUCCAGUGAUUCCUCGUUCAGUCAGAUGCUUGCUGGUGUGCAAGAGGGCGGCAGUCUGGAGGCUGAAGCCACUCAUCAGUUGGUCACCCUAGUCAUGGACUUUCUGAGUUACCCUGGAGCCAACAAAGGAGUGCAGAAUUCAAGUUUUGUCAAGACAGAGAGUUAUGAGAUCAUACAGAUGAGUCAUUACCUUGGUGUUCUCAUGGGAUAUGAUAUCAAGGUCGGCGAAUUUACUGGGAAUCCUCGGAGACUAAGGUUGUUCCCAGUCUUUCACGCGUACAUGGCUGGAAUCGUGCAAGUCCUGGAUCAGAAUCAAGAAUGGGGAGGAGAGCUGUUAAACCUCACUCUACAGCUUCUGCUGUUCUGCGCGGCUCCUAAGCCACAGAAACGAACUCAUAUCCCGGAAUUUUCGCUGGUGAGAAUACCGCUGGAUAUGCGACAGACCUGGCUCAUGGCCUGCCUCAUAAUACUGUACAAGUAUCCUUUCCACGCGGAUGCUCAUAAACGAGACACAAAGAACCUCAUUCACGUUGUUGUUAACACGCUGGAGGCCCAGGAUCACAUUUGCAAGAGGCCCAAAGAGGGUCUACCAAAGAGGGCCAGUGUGGCGUCGCUAUUUGGGGACUCAUUGACUUCAGGCCCAGGAGAUGCAUCCACUCGAUCAGAAACUCCAGGAAGCCCACUCUAUCGUCGUUCUAACACAGACAGACAGCUGUCACUUCCUACAUCCGGGACUAUCAACAAAUCACGUGACGAAGAAAAAGAGAAGCGCCUUCCAGAAAGGCAAAUCUCGUCUCCAUCGGCGUUUAGCACUGGAGGGACUCUAGAAAAAAGUGAAGAGGAGAAAGAAAAAGACGAAAAGCAGUCGGAGACGAUCGAUAACUCGAGAAAGGUUUCCGAGACUCCAUUGACUGACGUCGCGGUUGUUAGUUCUUCAGAGCAACUAUUGCCCUCUAGUACUCCGAUCCAGGACCUGCCGGCCUUUCCAAGUGGCGCGCGGCGAGUGAUCCCGAGUACUAGCCGUGAAGAAGAUAAGCCUGUGGAAAGGACUGGUGCGGAGGGAGCGCCUGGGACCGACAAUAAGGGACGAAAAGCUCGUCCUCUUUCGUGGCGCGUCUCCAGUGCAGGGAGUAAACAUAGGUCUUUCAACCUUUCUUUACGCUUUAAGAGGCCGCCGCGGCUAACUGUCUCCAUAGACUCAACCAGCAGCCGUGACGCGCGCGAAAUGGACAUCAGUAGGCCAGGAAGCGUGGAGGGCUCGCUAUCGAUCAGCAAUGGCGAGCAUCGAAGGGGCUCAAAACCCAAACUGUUCCGUGGAACCUCAACGCGGUCUUUUGAUAAGGUGCUGGACGGCAACACCGAUAAGGAGCCUUUUGAUGGGGACCUGGAGCUCGACUCAUGCCCCGAGUGUGGGACCUCGCUCGAACAGUUUGACGAGGAGACUCUUAACCUCUGCAUUGUGGUGCUUUCCACGUUUGUACAUCAGAGCCCCUCCAUGGCAAUGCCCUUUCUACUUCGAAUGCUGGAGUGCGUUGCGAGGAAAUGUGUACGCCCUUUGUUUGCUUGGGAAGAAAAAAGUAAUGUGCUUAUUCCUGGCUCAAUAAGAGAGGUAUCUAAACAGUUUCUAAGAUGUGUCCUGAUCAAGCUUGCUCCUAAUGGUAUCUUCUCCGAGCUCUUCCGUAGCUCUUUGAAAGAUGAUACUCUUUUAAAAGCUCUGGCCACUUCUUUGAAUGAUUUCUCGUCGUUCGAUCAGAUGUCCCCGAUAGCUUACUUAUUAGAGGAUGUUCUUGGGUCCAGGACUCUCGGUGACCGCGUGUUGGUGUUGCUAAGUAACGUGGACACGUACUUUCGGUUCGCCUCGCGUGAGCCCACGAGUGCUUGGGAGAGUCAGCUGUCUCAUUUUGAAGCAUUCUUUAGGAAGCUGCCUUCAGUUUUGCCAGAAAAUUGCGAUUUAACACCCACAUUUCGCAUUAUGUCUGCCAUACUCAAUGCUGCGAAUUCUUCCUUCAAGAUGUUAUUGCCAUCGUUUGCUCAAGUGAUCAGUUACGCCAUCAACAAAUGUUCAUUUCGGCUUCAAGAUUUGUUGGAGCUGUGUAUCAAGUGCACUGAGACUUUUCCAAAGGAACGUAACAAGCUGUUUUUGACUCGUGCGGUUGUGCUGGAGCUCGUGCAUGCUGUCAAAUUUCGGUCUUCAAUCCCUGACACAAAUCUCCAGUCUGUACUACAGUUUGUGGCUGUCGAUGCAGGAAGCAGGAUCAGUUUUGGCAGUGAAUCAGACAAAGCUCCUUACGAUCUGCCGUUUGGGUCACGCACUCGAGCCCUUGAUUGCAUUCGUCAGUACAUCGUGGAGGCGGUGGAGUUUAUUAAGGACUGGAAUUUCACCGCUAGAUCAAGCAAAGAAAACCGUCAGUUGAGUGAGCCAAACCUCCAUCAAACGACUUUGCCAAUCGACCUUAAAGCAAGUGUGUCCCAGCUGGUGGCUCUGGAGCUCACCAAGCACUCCGAGGACAGUAAAAUACACAACAAGGCCUUGGCAUGGCUCAAGAGUCCUCCCACAGCCACCCAGCUAGGGCGUCAAGAACUGUUGGAUUGCGUGACACACAUGCGUUUGCUGGCGUGGUUACUUCACGGGUCACUGUCACACUUCGUACAUUGUCAGAAUCCUCAUGUAAACUGUCACCCGGUCAAGUUUGAGGAGAACACGCAUAUUGCAGACUACGUGCUUAUAAUUCUCUUCAGCUUUGCAGAACAGCUCAAGGAGCCUUUGAGUAAAUCGGCCCUUUAUCACGCGUUCAAUGUUUGUGAGCUGUGGACGCUGUACUGUGAUCAAACCAAGAGUCCUGGAGAAUCUUCCACGCAUGCGUCGUCGAUUGUCAUGGAGUUCUGGGGCAAGGUCACACCCGGCAUACUCCACCUGCUGACUCAAGCUAAGGAGUUAACACAGAAUGUGAGUCAUCAUUUCUUGAACUUGCUGGAAGCUCUUCAGGAGUGCAAUUCCACUCCUCUACCCAAGCUGUAUCCGAUGUGGUAUCCCAUUCUGACUUACUGCUUCUCACAGAGGCUUUCAGAUGCUGCGCAUGCGCGUUUGCGCAAAGCACAGUCUCGGAAAAAGAUCAACAAAAACACCAAGUCGGCCUUGGCCAAAUGGCUUAAACAACUGCAGUUCAAGAUGGCGCUGGCCGAACAGUCACCUGACAGCUCUUUGUUCCACAACAUUUAAAGACGCCGCAGAUCUCCAAGAACCAAAAGUUUGGUUGAUCUGUUUACGGCGCCCUUUGGCCUUUUGUCAAUUAUAAAAAAGAAAAAAUACGGAAUGCUAUCAGAUGAAAAAAAAAACGAAUCUGUUAUGAGGAUGAGGUGGUUUCCGACAGGCCCUAGGGUGUGGGGAUCGAUAGUCGCGCCAUGUUUUGGCGUUGCCAUGGGUGAUAACCAAUAUCGACACCAGAGAACCAGUCUGUUGCUGACGUUGGAGUAAAGAAAUGAAAAGACCCCGCGGAAAAGACCCUUGUUCCAGCUCAAGUAUUUGUCGAGAAAAAGAAUAACGCCAUGUACAGUCUGGACAUUCAGUUAAAUCUUAGAAGAACAGUUAUAUUAGCACGUGCUAAAUUAGGAUGUAUAGUAGAUUUACAUAAUUGAUUUUUCCAUCACAUGCAGUUUAAGCAAUUUCAGCUGAAAUAGGCGCAGCGUUGUAUGAAAAUCCGUGAGAACUACUUCGACGGCUGUGAAAAACACGAUUAAAACUGGUGAUUGUAUACCCAGCGUACACGUUGGUGUUUAGAAUUAGACCAGAAACAAACCCAACUUACUCUCAGUUGGUUAAGCAAAACGCAAAAAUGCGAGAGGGAAAAAAUGGUAGCAACACCAAAAUUGGGGCCAGAUGGGACCAGGCACCUUGUUUUCGCGAGGUUUAUUUCACUCUGUCAAACCGAUGUCAGCUAUACAGACGUUGCGUAAAUAUAGUUACGAUGCGUAUUGAAUUAAAUUGUAAUCUUUGCCAAUGAAAUGCUAAUCCUAAUAUAUUAAACCCAAAUAAAGAAUAUCAGGGUAAAG